CCCGACGGCCUGCAGGACGGCGGCGGCACCGGCACUGGCGUCAAGAAGAAACGCAGGAAAAAGGAGCUGGCCGAGCAACAAGCGGGAGAGAAAGCCGCCCUGGAGAAGGAGGUGAAACCAAAGAGGAGGAGAGAGCCGAAAGAACCAAAAGAGCCUAAGAAGGCCAAGGAGCCCAAGAAGCCAAAGGAGCCCAAGCAGAAGGAGGUGGCCAAGAAGCCCAGGAAGCCCCGGGAACCCAAACCCCCCAAGGAGCCUAAGGACAAGAAGAGCAGCUCGGAGGCGGCCCCGCGAGCGAGAGCCAAGAAGAGCAGCAAGGAGCAGGGGCCCACGCCCGUGGAGAAGAAGAAGAAGGGGAAGAGGAAAAAUGAGAUCCCUGUGGAGAGCCUGGAGCUGGAUCACGAUCACCUGAGCCUGUCGGCGCAGAGCCCAGAGGAGUCUGCUGAGUCGGCUGACAGCCAGAAACGCCGCUCAGGACGCCAGGUGAAGAGGAGGAAGUACAACGAGGACCUGGAUUUCAAGGUGGUGGAUGAUGACGGCGAAACGAUAGCCGUGCUGGGAGCCGGGCGCACCUCCGCGCUCUCCGCCUCCACCCUGGCGUGGCAGGCAGAGGAGCCUCCCGAGGAUGAUGCCAACAUCAUCGAGAAGAUCCUGGCCUCCAGAAUGGUGCAGAAGGAGGCUCACCCCGGAGGCCUGGCCUACGAGAUGGAGGAGUUCUACGUCAAGUACAGGAACUUCUCCUACCUUCACUGUAAGUGGGCAACGCUGGAGGAGCUGGAGAAGGACCCCAGGAUUUCUCAGAAGAUCAAGCGCUUUCGCAACAAGCAAGCGCAGAUGAAGCAUAUUUUCACAGAGCCUGACGAGGAUUUGUUCAACCCCGACUAUGUGGAGGUGGAUCGGAUCCUGGAGGUGGCCCACACCAAGGACCCAGACACCGGGGAGGAGGUGACUCACUACCUGGUCAAGUGGUGCUCGCUGCCCUACGAGGAGAGCACCUGGGAGCUGGAGGAGGAUGUCGACCCAGGGAAGAUCAAAGAGUUUGAAGCCCUCCAAAUCCCACCAGAAAUCAAGCACAUGGAGCGCCCGGCAUCUGAGUCCUGGCAGAAACUGGAGAAAUCCCGGGAAUAUAAGAACAGUAACCAGCUGCGGGAGUAUCAGCUGGAGGGAAUGAACUGGCUGCUCUUUAACUGGUACAACAGGAAGAACUGCAUCCUGGCUGAUGAGAUGGGGCUGGGGAAGACCAUCCAGUCGAUCACGUUCCUCUCAGAAAUCUUCUUGAUGGGCAUUCAUGGCCCCUUCCUCAUCAUCGCACCCCUCUCCACCAUCACCAACUGGGAGAGGGAGUUCCGCACGUGGACGGAGAUGAACGCCAUCGUGUACCACGGCAGCCAGAUCAGCCGCCAGAUGAUCCAGCAGUAUGAGAUGGUGUACAGGGACACGCAGGGUAACCCUCUCCCUGGGAUCUUCAAGUUCCAGGUGGUUAUCACCACCUUUGAGAUGAUCCUCGCUGACUGCCCCGAGCUGAAGAAGAUCCAGUGGCGCUGCGUGGUCAUAGACGAGGCACACCGCCUGAAGAACAGGAACUGCAAGCUGCUGGAGGGGCUCAAGCUCAUGGCCCUGGAGCACAAGGUGCUGUUGACAGGGACGCCCCUGCAGAACUCGGUGGAGGAGCUCUUCAGCCUCCUGAAUUUCCUGGAGCCGCAGCAGUUCCCCUCGGAGACUGCCUUUCUGGAGGAGUUUGGGGACCUGAAGACAGAGGAACAGGUGAAGAAGCUGCAAUCCAUCCUGAAGCCCAUGAUGCUGCGGCGUUUGAAGGAUGAUGUGGAGAAGAAUCUGGCACCCAAGCAGGAGACCAUCAUUGAGGUGGAGCUGACCAAUAUCCAGAAGAAAUACUACCGGGCCAUCCUGGAGAAGAACUUCUCCUUCCUUUCCAAGGGCGCCAACCAGCACAAUAUGCCCAACCUCAUCAACACCAUGAUGGAGCUGCGGAAGUGUUGCAACCACCCGUAUCUCAUCAACGGGGCAGAGGAGAAGAUCCUGGAAGACUUCCGUAAAACACACAGCCCAGAGGCACCAGACUUCCAGCUGCAGGCAAUGAUCCAGGCGGCCGGGAAGCUGGUGCUGAUUGAUAAGCUGCUUCCCAAGCUGAUCGCCGGUGGGCACAAGGUGCUCAUCUUCUCCCAGAUGGUGCGCUGCCUCGACAUCCUGGAGGACUAUCUCAUUCAGAGGAGGUACACGUAUGAGCGCAUCGAUGGGCGUGUGCGGGGGAACCUGCGCCAGGCCGCCAUCGACCGCUUCUGCAAGCCCGACUCGGACCGCUUUGUCUUUCUGCUGUGCACGCGGGCGGGCGGGCUGGGCAUCAACCUCACUGCUGCCGACACCUGCAUCAUCUUUGACUCGGACUGGAACCCGCAGAACGACCUGCAGGCUCAAGCUCGCUGCCACCGGAUCGGGCAGAGCAAGGCGGUGAAGGUCUAUCGCCUCAUCACCAGGAACUCCUACGAGCGGGAGAUGUUUGACAAGGCCAGUCUGAAGCUGGGCCUGGAUAAGGCUGUGCUGCAGGACAUCAACCGCAAGGGCAGCACCAACGGGGUUCAGCAGCUCUCGAAGAUGGAGGUGGAGGACCUGCUGCGGAAAGGUGCCUACGGCGCCCUCAUGGACGAGGAGGACGAAGGAUCCAAGUUCUGCGAGGAGGACAUUGACCAGAUCCUGCAGCGCCGCACCCAGACCAUCACAAUCCAGUCGGAGGGCAAGGGAUCCACCUUUGCCAAGGCCAGCUUUGUAGCAUCAGGAAACAGAACUGACAUUUCCUUAGAUGACCCCAACUUCUGGCAGAAGUGGGCGAAGAUAGCAGAGCUGGACACCGAUGCCAAGAACGAGAAGGAGAGCUUGGUCAUUGACAGGCCCCGGGUGCGGAAGCAGACCAAACACUACAACUCCUUCGAGGAGGACGAGCUGAUGGAGUUCUCCGAGCUGGACAGUGACUCUGAUGAGCGGCCCACGCGCUCGCGGCGCUUCAACGAGAAGACGCGGCGGUACCUGCGGGCCGAGUGCUUCCGCGUGGAGAAAAACCUGCUCAUAUUCGGCUGGGGACGCUGGAAAGAUAUCCUGACCCACGGGCGGUUCAAGUGGCAUCUGAAUGAGAAGGACAUGGAGAUGAUUUGUCGGGCCUUGCUGGUCUACUGUGUGAAGCACUACAAAGGGGAUGAGAAGAUUAAGAGUUUUAUCUGGGACCUCAUCACGCCGACAAAGGACGGACAGAACCAGGCCCUGCAGAAUCACUCAGGUUUGUCAGCCCCGGUGCCCAGAGGCAGGAAGGGCAAGAAGACGAAGAACCAGAUGCUGCUCCCUGAGCUCAAGAACGCGGACUGGCUUGCCACGUGCAACCCUGAGGUCGUCCUGCAUGACGACAGCUACAAGAAGCACCUCAAACAGCACUGCAACAAGGUCCUGCUGCGCGUGCGAAUGCUCUACUACCUGAAAGCUGAGGUGCUGGGGGAGGCGGCGGACAAAGCCUUCGAGGGCACCCCUGCCAGGGAGCUGGACGUACUGCUGCCGGACAUCGACUACGUGGAGAUCCCAGUGGACUGGUGGAAUGCCGAGGCGGAUAAAUCCCUUCUCAUCGGAGUGUUCAAGCACGGUUACGAGAGGUACAACGCGAUGCGCGCGGACCCGGCGCUGUGCUUCCUGGAGAAGGUGGGCAUGCCCGAUGAGAAGCUGCUGUCGGCAGAGCAGGGCACCGGCGACGGGGCCCAGGACGCGGCCGAGAGGGGGAGCCUGGAGAAGGAAGAGAACGGUGGAGAAAAACUGGAGGGGCUGCCGAAGCAGGAGGACGUGGUGGCCACUGGGGCGGGCGAGGCCAGCGAGAAGCGGGACGAGCCAGCGGCAGCCCAGGAUGGCUCCGACUCAGACAGAUCCUGCUGGCCUGUCUCGUCUGCCCUCACAGCCCGGCUGCGCAGGCUCGUCACCGUCUACCAGCGCUGCAACCGCAAAGAGCUGCCUCCGCGCGCCGACCUGCUGGUGCCCGGGGGCCAUGGAUACUGGCUGCAGGACGAGAUGUUCCGGAGAGCCUCCGAGAUGGACUCGGCAAACAAAGAAAUGCAGAAGAGGUGGACCAGGAGAGAACAGGCAGAUUUCUACCGCACUGUCUCCUCCUUUGGGGUCGUCUAUGACCAGGAGAAGAAGAUCUUUGACUGGGCCCAGUUCCGAGCCAUCUCUCGACUGGAGAAGAAGACAGACGAGAGCCUAGAAAAGUAUUACUACAGCUUCGUGGCCAUGUGCAAGAACGUCUGUGGUCUCCCACCGUGGAAAGACGAUGGUCCCCCAGACCCGGACAUCUACGUGGAGCCCAUCACGGAGGAGCGCGCCGCCAGGACCCUGUACCGCAUUGAGCUGCUGCGCAAGGUGCGCGAGCAGGUGCUCAAGUGUCCCCAGCUCCACGAGCGACUCAAGCUGUGCCGGCCAAGCCUCUACCUGCCUGUGUGGUGGGAGUGUGGCAAGCACGAUCGGGACUUGCUCAUCGGCACCGCCAAGCACGGCCUCAACCGCACGGACUACUACAUCAUGAACGACCCCCAGCUGUCUUUUCUAGAUGCCUACAGGAACUAUGCGCAACACAAAAGAACAGGGAUCCCAGGCCCGGAAACCCUGUGCUGCCUCUACCAGACUAACUCCAAACUUUACAGUUCCCCUCUCUAUAGCCAGGUGGACCAAACUUGCGAACCCCUGGAGAGCGAAGCUGGGAGCCAGAUCAAGGCAGAACACGUGGAGAGCACCAUGUCCCAAGCUGGGGGCAGCCCACCGGAUGCAGGCUGUGAAACGUUCCUGUCCAACGUGCGGGACAUGAUGCCCAGCAGCUAUGAUGAGAGCUCCCUGCCGGACUCGCUCGUGUGCAUGAUGUGCGAGGACAAGGCCUGUAACAGCGAGCAGAGCUCCCUUGCCCGAGACAGCCCGGGCUGCGCAGAGGUGGGCAGCAGCGUGGCUAAGCUCCCGGAGGGCAGGCUGGAGAGGGACGAGGACCCAGGCAGCGACGCAGAGGUCCUGAGGGAGGCUUCCUUCCUAGACAGUUUGCAGGUGGGCUGUGAGCGAAUAGAUGCUCAGAGUGAAGAAGUGGAGCCUUCACCCUCUACUCCAGAAAGUGACCCCUCCAGGAGUGCCCCAGCAGAGCUCUGCGACGCCGUGCAGCAGAAGGGGGACCUGCCCAGCCAGGGGACAGCACUGCCUGACCACGGCACCGUGGAAGGGGUCAUCGGCGUGGGGCUCUAUGGUCCCAGUCUUCAUAACUAUGAAAUAAAAGUUCCCCCUGAACAAAGGUUCAUUAAUUUGCUGCAGGAGAAAGGUGUGGAAGGAAAAUCGGGGCCGAGUCAGAGCCACAGCGAGGAGGAUGAGGAGGAAGAAGACGACGAUGAUAACUCUGAGGCAACAGCAGAGGUUCUGGAGGACGUGACUGGUCCAAGGAGCAGGGUCAGUCAUGAUGCCGAGACCAACGAACCUCGGAGUGAGGAGCGGAGCAGCGACCUCCCCACACCCGAGGACACUUGCCCGGAAGACGUGAAUGGCACCAGAGAGGCCCUGGGGCCAGGCCCGCCGGAGGCGCCGGGGCAGCCUGCUCCAGGAGAUGGGCAGCACCGUAGCCUGGAGGAGGAGAGCGCCCUGCAGCCCUCCCCGGGGCAGCCACGCAGCCACCUCUUCCAGCCUCCUGUGGAGCCCCAGGAAGCAGCGCCCGGCCAGGCCGGCGCGGAGGCCUGGGCUCGGGGGGCCGGGGGGCAGACUGGCUGCGGAGAGGCCCCGCGCCCCGAGCCCCUGCAUGUGCACGUGCAGCAGGACAAGUGCGGGAGCAGAGAGGAGGAGGAGAAAGCCAGCAGCGGCCAGAGUCAAGAUGGGACAGACAAGUUCCUGGAGGAAGAGAGCAAGAGCUCUACAUCUGUCCUGCAUGGGGAGAUCGACGACCUUCAGGAUGCCCGUGCACCGACCAUAGCCCAGCUUCUGCAGGAGAAGACACUUUACUCCUUCUCCGAGUGGCCUAAGGACCGUGUGAUCAUCAGCCGCAUUGACAACAUCUGCCAUGCCAUCCUGAAGGGCAAGUGGCCUUCCUCCAGCCAGCAAUUUGAGACCCAAAGCCUGAUGAGCACCCCAGCACUUGCCAGCAAUGCUGUUGGCAGGAGCAGCUUUGCUGAGUCGGAAGGCCCAGAUCCCAGCUUCAACAACGGAGUGUUAAUCUCACAGGAAGGGUUCCUCGCCCCUGCCUUUGUGAAGGACGAGCGGAAGCACAGAAGGCCCUAUGAAUUCGAGCUGGAGAGAGAUGCCAAGCAGAGGAGCCUGGAGCAUUUAGCAGCAACCCACGUUCAUCCACCUAUUGUGCUGAAUGGCUGGCGCGACUCAGCUGUGGAUCUGUCCAGAGCCUCUGAGGGGUCCCCAGGAAAUUCCUCUCCUUUUCCCUUGAACACAACCAUGCCCAAACUGGGAACUGUGAACGCCCUCCAGGGCUCUCUGGGCAUGGACUUGUCUGGCAUCCUUCAGGCAGGGCUGAUCCAUCCUGUCACUGGGCAGAUCGUCAACGGCAGCCUCCGAAGAGAUGAUGCUGCCAUGAGGAGGAGACGGGGCAGGAGAAAAAAUGUAGAAGGGAUGGAUCUCAUCUUCUUGAAGGAGAGGCCUCUUCCAAGUAGGCUGCAGCAGGACGCUCAGGAGGACCAGGCGCAGCCUCCGCAGACCAGUCCCCUGCCAGACGGGCCGGGUGCUGCCCCCGCAGCGCCGCCGCCAGCGCCGGCCGCGCUCGGCCACGCCGACAAGGCCGUCCCGAAUAAGAGUCUCCUGGACUGGCUCCGCCAGCAAUCCGACUACACCCUCGAGGUUCCUGCUUUCGGCACGAAUUUUUCAGACAAGCCCAAGCAGAGGAGGCAGCGCUGCAAGGACCCCGCCAAACUGGACAUCAGCUCACUCACAGGAGAGGAGCGGGUGCCUGUGGUGCAUAAGGGUACCGGGCGGAGGGGAUACUUGCCAGACAGUAAGUUCAAUCGUAUCCUAACUGAGCCCGUGCUCCGAGAUGCGGGGCCGCGCCGGAGGGGGAGAAGGCCCAGAAACGACCUCAUUAAAGGCCCUGGUGUCGUAGCAGAUUCGUCUUCUGGAAUGGGACCACUGUUCAUGAAUGGACUGAUUGCUGGAAUGGAUCUGGUAGGACUCCAGAACAUGAGAAACAUGCAGGGGAUCCCCCUGACGGGGCUGGUGGGGUUUCCCGCCGGCUUCGCGGCAGUGCCCGCCGGCGACGACGUGAAAGGCACCCUGAGCAUGUUGCCCAUGAUGCUGCCGGGCAUGGCCACCGUUCCGCAGAUGUUCGGCGUGGGGGGACUGCUCAGCCCCCCCAUGACAACCACGUGUUCUGCGACUGCUCCCGCGUCUCUGACAAGCACAACAAAAAGCGGCGCAGCAAACGCAGAGAAAGCUGCUGAGGACAAGCAGAGUAGCCAGGAGGCGAACAAAGAAACUCUCGCCGAAGAUAAGCCCGGCCCUAGUUCCUUUUCUAAUCAGACAGAAUCCGCAAUAACUACCAGUAGUCCUGUAGCUUUUAACCCGUUUCUUAUCCCCGGGAUGUCACCUGGACUGAUCUAUCCGUCGAUGUUUCUCUCCCCCGGCAUCGGCAUGGCACUGCCGGGCAUGCAGCAGGCCAGACAUUCAGAGGCAGCAAACCUGGAAAGCCAGAAGCGCAAGAGAAAGAAGGUGAAAGGGGAAGCGGCGAAUCCCGAGCCAGAGACUGUCUUGCCCUCCGAAAAGGAAGCGGCCAGCAGUGCAAACUGUACAGAGCAAACACCGCCUCCGUCGGCAGAGCCAGAGCAGGAGGUGCCAGCGGCGGCGCAGCCCAAGGAGGUGACUGACACCAAUUAGAACUUUUGUUUCAUUGGAAAGAUUGUGGCUUGUAAGGUUCUUAUCCCAUGACUAUUUGUUACUUACCCUCCCGCCCCCACUUCACCUUCAUAAACCUGUGUUUCCAUGAGUAAUAUUAUCUACCUAAUUCCCUGUACGAAAACUAUGGUGACAUGUUACAUGUUAAUAGUUGCAGGGUCUUGCCACUUUAUUAGAUAAACAGUGUUGUCUAGCUAGUAUGGGAGGCACAGAAUUUGCGUUCCGUUUUCCGGUUGUUCAUCCCAGCCACCAAUAGCGAAUCCAGGACCUGGUCACCCCCGAAAUCGCUCACGUGCGCGAGAAGGAAAAGAAGCAAAACACCGAGCAAGAGAAAAGUCUUUACCUUUGGUCUGAUUCCGGACAAGGGUAUUUCUUUCUCCGGCGACACUGAAUGAAAAAGCCUGUAUUUGGGGGUAAAAGCACAGCUAUAGUAAGUGCUAAUGUGUAUUUUUGAUUUAAAGUAUUUCCCUAUUUUAUCAUGGUUACUAGAACAGUAGUAUAGACAGAAGUAUAUAAUUAAUGAUUGAAAAUGCAUAUAUUCAUUUCUUUGAAACAAAAAGGCAUAACUGGUAGUGAUAUAAUUUCUUUACCACCCCACCUCAAACUUUUGGAGACAAACUACGGUGAGUGAAAAUAUUAUGUAGACACUAUUUUGUAUUUUUUAAAACCAAAGUUUGGUUUUCUGUUAAGUGGAGUUUUAGUUGCCCUUUCCUUGGUAGUUACAAGAACUUUUCAGCGCAGGCUGAAAAUGUUUUGCACAUCUUGCAUGACUUUUAUUGGGAUUACUGUAGCUAGAGCUACCAGUUCCUUCCUCGUUCUGCUAGCGUUCAGUUCUCAUCUAUGGCGUUAGUUCUCAUCUAUGGCGUUAGACGUGCUGUAACGUUCCUUUUCCCAGCCGUGAACGGGCCACGCUGAUUUUAAUCAAUGCUCUUAUAUGAACACUGAGGCUUUUUGAGUUUUCACAUGUGGCAGCCCCGGCCCCGGAGCGCCGGCCUCUCCGCACACAAGGAGGAAGGUGCCGUUUCCCGCGGCCUCCGGCAAGGGCUGCCGAGGUUUGCAGAGCUGGAGGUUCUUCCUUUCUAGCGUUAGACUGUGAAGAGGUCGUCACGGUUGCUGCUUCUUCCCGUUCCUCCCUGGUCUCUUUGCUGUUGAGCGGUGUUGUGCAGUGCCGUGGCGCUGGGGCGGGCGUGCGGUGCCCGCGCUGCCGCCGGCGCCUCCGCGGGCGCUCGGGCUUCGCUUGGCCUCGUUCCUGUUUGCAGCUCUUGGUUUGAGACUUGAAAUAAACCACACGCGGUGCAGCGGUGAGGCGGCAGGCGCUCGAGGGGCUCGCAAGUGUCCUAGCAAUCAGCUUCACAUUUGGUUGUCACAAUUUACUGUAUUUUUUACUUAUUUUCUGUUACAGUUUUGCUAAUUUAUCAGAUGGUCCAAAUGUUUUGACAUAACUAUUUCAGUUUGCAUUAUUUAUUUAUGAUGCUUUUUGUCAUUGUCUUUUAUACAUUUGGGGUUAUAAAUUAUGUACAUGUUAAAAUUAGCAUCUCAAAGAAGUCUGUUACCCAUGAUCUUAAAAAAAAAGCAAAAAAAAAAAAGCAUUUGGGGUUAUAUUUUUGUGGAAUUUAUUCCCACUUUUCUGGAUUGGAUGAUUUUUCCUUUUCUUUCUUUUUAAAGUGUGUAACCAAUCAUAAUGCACCUCCCCCGUAAUUAAAUGUGUUCUAUUUAAUAACAUCCUUGUAGCAUAGAUACUGUAUCACUGUCGACAGAUUUCUUAGAAAUGCUGCUAUCUCUAUUUAACUAACAUUUUGUUCAGUUUUGCCUCCAGUGGAAGCAGAAAGGGUUUUUUCAGCUGUUAAAUCCAAAAUCAAUAUAAUUUAUUUAUGUAAAAAAAAAAAAAAAAAUCACAUGAUUGAUAUAUUUUUGAACCUUUUAAGUACUAACUUUCUUUUUAUUCAGUAGAAGAACAUGUACUUGCCCUAAAUCCUUAAAAUACAAAUGCUAUAAAACUUCAUAUAUCUUCAAAGCCUUACUGUGAAUGGUUAUAGCAAUCUCUUCAGAGUCCAUUUCUGGUACGGGAUGGUUUUUCCAGAGUGACACUCAUAAGGAACAGGGUUUAAAGUGAAAUUUAUUUAAUUAGCCAGCAUGCUCUAUACCUUGUUCUUACUUAUCGGACAUGUAUGUUAAGUCUCUGGGUGUUUAGGCUUCUCUUUGACUGCUAUUUUGUGACCCUUUUGCAAUCUGAUAUACUCUGUGGAUUAUUUAGACUGUAAGGCAUAAGUGGCUUCUUAUUAUUUUCCAUCGUAUCCAAAACAAAUGCCAAAUUUUCACCCGUUUCCAAGGAUU